AUGGGUGGGGCGUCCAGCAGCUUCAGGGCAUUCCUGGGUGUCGGGGGAAGUUUCCAGUUGCGGGAGGGAAGGUUGCGCGACUCUGAUGGUGAAGGACUCCUCUGCCCCCAGCUGACCCUGCUUCUCCACAGCUAUGACAUGAUGACCUCCAAGCCAAUCUGCCACCUGGGCUCAGGGCCUGCCGGGGCCGCGGGCCUCACGCCUUGCACCGUCACUGUGACGCCUGCGGAGGCACGCGCGGCCCGGCCGCCUCCUCCCUCCUCCGCGCGGGCCGAGGAGGCGCGGGGAGCAGCGCGCGGCGCAGGGCCGCGGCCGGGACCGCGCGGGGAGCUGUCCGAGGUGCUGCCCGGCCCGGGCGCGGCGGUGGAAGGCGCCAUGGUGCUCGUUCCAGGUGAGAAGGCCGGCAAUGAGCCGGAGGAGGUGAAGCUGCAGGACGCCAGCAGGCAGAUCGUGCAGAGGGCCAUCCUGCAGGCCCUGCAGCAGGUCUCCAGGGAGAGCAAGCGGGCGGACGACAGGGCCAGCGACAGCCGCGGGCGCUGCCAGCGGGGCGGGCGCGAGCUCACCAAGAAGCACGACAAGAAGUAGCCGAGUGGAUGUGGCUCCCGUCCCACGCGGUCUCCAGCCUGCCUGUUAGAAUAGGACACGCUGCCAAAAUGCUGCCAGUAGAGGAAGCCAGAGCGUCCCGGACGCCUCGCCCUAAGCUGAAUCCUGCUCGCCCUGGACCGGGAGCAGCACUGUUGUGCAGAAGUGGGUCUAUCGAUGACCUGGUUCGCACCCUGCCGGUGCCUCUAACACCGCGGGGCCUGGUGCCGCAUGGGCACCACGAAAGUAGUUUUGCAUCGUAAUUUUGGAGGUUUUCUUUUAAAAGAGGAUUCCUAGUCCUGUUUGUUUACUUUGCCUUUUACAUGCUUUUUCUGUGAAUUCAACCAGCAGGUUUCCUCUCUUUUCUCGUUUUCUGAAAUACUGCGCGCGAUUUUGUGUUCUUUAUAAAUAUCUUUAAAAUGUAUACUGGAAAGGCCAAGAAAUGGAGCUUUAGCUGCUUUGAAACACAGAACUGAAGGCUUCUGUGAAAUGAGACCAGGCCCAGACCAAAUUAAGCAAAGACAAAUCCUAAGACCCAGUUCCUCGGGGUCUCAGGCAUAUGUUUGUAUUACUUAGAAAAGAGGAGUCUAGGCUUUUAAAGACCUUGAUCUUUUCAUCUCAGUGCUCUGAACGAUUUCAUGGUUGCUGUUUACCUUCUGUGCAGAGAUCCACUGGGAAUAGUAUGGAUUUCUUUUUUCUGUCUCAGAGUUAAAUAAAAUAAAGCAAGCGAGUGUAGAUGCAUGAACUGAUGGUAAUUCAUUCAAUUUUUCAGCAGUCCCACAGAGAACAACUAAAACUCUGCAAACCUAGGCCCAUCCUGGUCCUGGGUGUUCUCAUCCUCAGGUCUCACUGUGGCGUGCAACAUCCUUGGAAGGAACUCUGGGGUCUUAUUCAUGUGCUACGUCAUUGCCAGGCUGUGGGUCUGUGUUAAGACCUUAUUAAUGCAACUUGCCUUUGCCCACACACAAAAUUAGAAUUUUUAGUUUGCCACUAUGUAAGAACCAUACAGGUCAGGAGCAACCUGUAAAAUGGGAAAGCCAGUUUUUCAGCUCCUUGAAACAUCAAAAUACAAUACAAUUCAUAAAGUGACAGCAUUGUAGAAGCAUUUACAGAGGUGCAUGUGUGUGCGUGUGUGUGUGCAGGUGUGCAAAAGCAACAUGACUUCCUGCUCCAUUCCAGUGCAUAUCUUCCUGGAGUCUUCUACAGCUCCAUUUCCUGUGCUUCACAAAAGAUAUUGCCCCUGGGGCCGGGGAGAGAAUUUAACCUCUGUUACAAACGCACAGGCAUCAGCUUAUCAAUGUCUGCAGUUAAUAGUUCUCUGGUUUUUUGACGGUUAGCAGCAGCAUAUAUAAUGCAACUAAUAGUAAGACAUGUCUAAAAUUCCAAAGUGUUAUCAUUUCCAGAAUGGAUGCUAUGGCUCACCUCAGAUGAACGAGAAGGAUUCCUCAUCAGUUGUGGUAGACAGUCCUCCCCAGGUGGAAUAAAUUAAUUCAGGAGCAGAUGGGGGAGGGAGGAAGCCAAAGGGGCCAAAGCUGAAAUAUUGCUUAUCCAAACAUGUUUUUAGCAGAUCUUGUGAUGGUAUGAGAAUGAAUUUAAAGUGACUUAAAGUCAUAUAAUUGACAGGAUAUAAAUUCACAGUGAAAAUAAAGGUCUGCAGGAAAGUUAUUCAGGUGAACCCACAAAUAAGAAGGGAAUAAAAAGAAGUAAGAUGUAUUAAGUGUAUGUCCUGAUUCCUUAAGGUGAAUAUAAACAGCAGGUACUGGAAACACGCACUAAUGAAAAAUAAACAACAGUAAUACAGAAACAAACUUAAUGCUUGUAGUCUGCCAGUGAUCUGAAUAUACCCGGCCGUGGACUUUGCUGUUAGGUGGCAGAAACAUGUAAACAUGCUAUCUUUCCUCUCCAGUGUGACUGUAUUAGUAGACUGGGGAUCCUCGGGAAUGUCUUAUUAAUGUCUGAAUCUAAAUAUUAUUUAUAAAUAAAAUAUAUCCUGCUUUGAAA